UCUCUCUCCUCAUAGUGAUCAUAUUCUUUCCCUUUUUCCUAGUUUGUGUGUGCUCUUUGGCUUUCUGGUCUCUCUCUCCCACCCUCCAAAUUCGCCUCUUUUCCCUCUUCUUUUGAUCUCAGUGCACACCUAAAAGAAAAACAAUGGUGGAUCUUCAAACCGUUUGCUGCAUGUGCGGCGACGUUGGUUUCCCAGACAAGCUUUUUCGCUGCAACAAAUGCCGCAAUCGCUUCCAGCACUCGUAUUGUAGCAACUACUACGGAGAAUUACCGGAGAUAGAACUGUGUGAUUGGUGCCAAAGCGAGGAGAAAAACUUGAGACAUAUUGGCACCAAUUUGAAGAAACCGGUGGCGGCCGGAAACGAGGCCGGAGCCACCCACCGUUCCGCAUAUUCCGGCGAAAAAAUGAUCAAGCAGCAUGAUCAUCAUCAUCAUCAUGAAGAGAGUGGUUCUGAGAAGGGUAAGAGUCCCACACCAUCGCUGCGACCCGGCACACGCAGGUACAAGCUUCUCAAGGAUGUAAUGUGCUAAAAGAGAGGGAAAAGGAAGAAACAAAGGUAACAUCUCUUACCAAGGAGUCUAGCUCCGUUGGUUAAAUUAGGUGUUGAGUGUACUAAAUUUUUUGAUAUCGUGUUCAAUUUUUACCGAUAUUAAGAAAGUAGCAUCUCAAGUAAACCAAAUAGAAGAAACAGAAAAAGAGAUAAUAUUAAUUAUAGGUGACUUUUGUGUCUUAAAGAUGUUUAAUUUGUGUUAUGUUAAUAGCGUGUAGUAGCUAUGCAAAGAGUGUGUUUCUUGAGUGCCUGUGUGUUUUUUCUCUACUAUGAUCCUUCUUCCGUUUUGAGUGGCUUUCAGCCAGUUGUGAAUAAAACUAUGCAACUUUAGUAGUAUCUACUAAAUAUAGUCCCGUAAUCUAAG